AUGAUUUGGCUCAAGCCCUGGCUAGGCUUGCCAAUUGUUGCGGUAGCAUUCCUGCUUGCCAACGCUCAAAAGUGCGCCGUAUGUCCGACUGGAGGAGCCUGGACCGACUGGGAGGAGGUCGGCGAAUGUUCGGGGUUUUGUGGUUACAUGGGCAGACAGAAUGAGACCAGAAAUUGUGUUUCCGAGCGAUAUGGAUGCCCUUGCGACGGACCGAGCAGCAGAUUGAUCCCUUGCAACCGUACCCUUUGUCUAUUCCCUUUGCACCGUUGCGCCGAUGGGUAUAAAGUGGGCGGCCCGAUCGACAAAUUGUGGGUUUGUGUCCCCAUUGACCCACCGACGCCGGACCCGCUGGAGUCGCAGGUGCCGGAUCCGGAUUGGGAGUGCACUGAAUUUUACAACUACUACGACCACGACCACGACCACGACCACGACCACGACUUCUACUACCACCACUUCAACGACGACGACUACGACAACGACGACAACAACUACUACGAGUACGACUACUACCACUACCACGACGACGACGACGACCACGACUACGACGACGACGACCACGACAACAACGAGUACGACUACUACGACGACGUCGACAAGUACUACUGCAACAACCACCACUACGACGCCGACUACCACGACGACCACGACGACCACGAAGACCACGACGACCACGACGACUACUACCACUACGACAACGACGACGACGAGGACAACUGCUACGACUACGACCACAACAACAACAACUUCUACUACUACUACGACGACUUCAACGACUCCGACAACUACGAGAAAACCCUUCUCCCCGAUCACGUUCGUACCAGAGCCGACGUCGAAGGCGUGUGGCUGCCAGAUGCCUCAACCCAUUUCGUCUACAACGCUGGAAGUGAUUGGGAUCCGGCCCUAGAAGAGAAUUGUUAUAACCCUUACAACACCACCAUCCAAUGCACGGCUAAUAUGAAUUUAAUGGCAACGCAGAAGCUAUAUGACAAGGAUCGAAACGUCGUCAGAACGCUAAAUUACUGCACUGGUGCAAACAAGGCAGCGACUAUCUAUUGUCAGAGAGCUUCUGGGAAUUCGAAUAAUUAUUAUAUCUUGCAACAGGAUCAAAAAUCUAUCGGCUACUUCUCGUGCGACGUGGCUUGGAGUGCGGAAUGUGCU